AAAAAGUAUCGAACCGCAUAAAUGCGCUCUGGCGUCUAUUAAAAGCCGACUUUCACUUUCAUUACCACACCGAGUCCAGGUGGAGUCAACAAAUAUAGUUAGGUUAAAAAAUAGUUGCAUGGUUACAUCUAUACUUUCUACACAUAAGUGAGCAUUGUUUCAAUAGCUUGAUCUAAUAUAUUGUAGAUAUUUGAAAAUGUUUACAUUCGUUACUUUAACAUUUUUUGUUGGAACAAUUUUUGGACAAGAAAAAUUAACUUUUGAGAGUCCAAAGAUGACUGAAGAGGAACAGUUUUCCAAUCAUCUUCCAGGAAACAUGAAGUGUGAUGCAUGUACGGCAAUUUCAUACCAGUUAACUGAAAUGUUAAAAAAAGAAGAAGCAAAAGUUGGCCAUAGAAAGUUGAAGGAAUCUGAUUAUCUUGAUGCAUUUGAAAAAGUAUGCGAGGCAAAAACAUGGGAAAACUAUGGCUUAAAAUCAGUAAAUGGAGUAAAUAGAAUAUCUGGAAAAGGUCUUGAAGCAGAUCAAGUACCUGGUAUGAUGCAAGGUGGAGGAAAGUGGCCAGGAAGGUUAUCGAUGAAAUGUUACGAAUUUAUUGAAGCGAUAGGAGAGGAUGGUAUUUAUAAUAAGUAUCGCAAAAAUAAAGACUUAAAUAAGUUUCUAUGUCAUGAGCAUACGAAAGAUUGUAGACCUGUUUUAAAAACUGACCUUUAAUUUUUCAAGAUAAUCAUGUUUACAUUUUUUUGUGUUUAUUAUCAUUUUUUUUAAAUUUAAUUCUGUAAUUUUUUUAAUUGUUAAUGAUAAAGUUGUUUAUUGUUUUUUAUUUUUCUGUUGUUAAUAUUUAUCUUUCUACUUUUAUUUAAUAUUUAUCUUUUUACUUUUAUUUAAUAUUUAACUACUAAAGUUAAAUAUAGAAAAGUUUUGUAUUUUUAAUUAACCUUUAAAGUUUAGAGAAAGAGUU